AAAACAAAGAAAGAAAAACAAAUCAGUCAGUGAAUGCGACACAGUAGUCAGCCUCGUUAACCUCACUGGAAACAAGAGUGCAGAGAAGAAGAAGUGUUUUGUGAGGAGCUGAAACAAGAUGACUGCACAGAGUCAGGAGGAGAAAAGAUACGACCCCAAAGACACCACUCUGAAGUUUGUCAACAGACCGGAUGACCUGGAUCCUCUACCACCAGAGGAGGGAGACAUGUGUCUCCGAGCAGAGAUGUCCUGCGGUCAUGCCGUCACCCCAGAGUCUCUCACCGGGUGGUGCCGCAGCCUGCUGGACCAGGGCCAAUUCAAAUUUAAGUGCCCUGCUUUAGAGCAAGGCACCCUGCAGAGGUGCGAUGAAGAAUGGUCCUAUCAAGAGGUGCGCAGACUGGCAGUGCUGACAUCUGAAGAGAUGCAGUACUUUGAGGAGAACAUCGCACUUCUGGCAGCCAUAGAGUACUGUGAUUUCAAAACAUGUCCUGGGUGUAAAACCUAUGUGGAGAGAGAGGACCCGAGUAACCUCAACGUGCAGUGCACAGUCUGCACAGGGGACAAGAAGAAACUUUACCACUUCUGCUGGCAGUGUCUGAAGACAUGGAAGGGCCCGGCUCCUCGCUCUGACCGCUGCGACAACGACGGCUGCAUCAACCACGACCUCGAGCUCCUCAAGAACUGCAAGACCACCGCCCUCCCUCAGGUGCAGGGGGUCGACGCGUGUCCCUCCAUCCGGGCCUGCCCCACCUGCGGUCAGAGGGUGGAGCACGACAAAACGGGCUGCAAGAACAUCAUCUGUCCCCGCUGCCAGGUGGAGUUCUGCUUUGUGUGUCUGAAGCUCACUCCCGAGUGCCUGGAGAAGAGCUCCUACUUCAUCCCCUGCAUUGAUGGUGUAGCUCCCAGACAAACCUCCAUACCUGUGUGGCGCAGAAACUAAGAGCCAAUGUGCACACAGUCAUUAAUCACGACGUAGCUUACUGCCUUCUUCUGUCACACUAUGCUGUGCUUUCCCUGUUGGACGAUUCUCUUAGACUAAUAGGCGUAUUUGUUCACUUACUUUGUGAGCAUUAAACAUAUCUACUGUAUUUUCUUAUGAUGUCAUAAAAUGUAUUUUUUGUAACGUUGCCACUGAAAGUUAGAAUUAAUCUCUGUUCGUGGUUCAUAUUUGAUAACUUCAUCACUUAAUAAAGUUUACCCUUUAAAUAAUGAACGUCUCUUU